UCUCAUUGUUAAAAUAUGUAUUAUGGUCAUAACCUGCAUACUACAUAACAUAAUAAAUUUCAACGUUUCAAUUCACUCACCUUUCAAAUCGAAAUCAUUCAUAAUGUUCGUAUUUGAUUCAAUAUUUAAUACUAAAACUACAGAACCAUUUUGGUUUAAAACGAUAAGAGUUAUAAUUAGUUUUAUAUUGGCAACAAUAUUAGUAAUAUAUGCAGUAAAUCUAAUUGGAGAAUUUUUAAUAAGAGUUGAUACUCCCGAAGUGUUAACAUUUCAACAAAAAUUAUAUUAUAGUGUUCCAUCUAUGAAAUUUUGUUUAAAAAGAAAACAAGUUCCAUAUGGAGAUAUUGAAAGUACUCAAAUAUUAAAUCCGAUACAAUGUAAAUGCCAAACUCCAAAUUCUAUUUCAACUUGUUCUUGUUAUAAUUUAGAACAAGAGUCGAGACAAUGCCAAAUAUAUAAACAAAUUGGAAGUUCUUAUAAUACAUUAUGGUUUACUAUCGAUGGUGUUGAUACUUCUUUUAACCAAGUUACACCUGAUUCUUCAUAUUUGAUGACCACUCUUCUUACAAUUGAUAUUGAUGAAUUUAGUUUACAAAAUGAUUUAUUUAUGAAAGAUCGUAAUAAUGAUUCUAUUAAAGUCAACUCACUAAAUGUUCCAACAAUAUAUUUAACAGGUGGUCAGUGGUUAUUAUUAGAAUAUUCCAUCAUUGUGAGAUCAUCUUAUUAUAAUCAAUUUUGGGGUCUAGUCGGUUUAUUUCAAAGAAAUGUACAAACUUUAAAUAUUGAGUGGCAUAAAACUGAUUUUCCCGAUUUACCACAAAAAGAUAGAAUCGUUGUUGGUCUUAAAGGUAGAUCAAAUUCAACUAGAUAUGAAAUAGAAAAAUUUCAGUUAACUAUGAUGGGAAAUAUUGCGAAUCUUGGUGGUUUUUAUACAGCUUGUGCAGGAAUUUUCUUUUAUCUGUUCGGUAACCCAAAGUUAUCUCCUUGGGGUAUAACUCAAAAAGUUAUAUUUGUUUGUUGGCCUUGUAGGAGAAGUUUUCAAAGACAGCUUGCAAAUCGUUAUGUUUCGAGUGCUGGUAUUCCAUUUGGCGAAAAAGUUAAACAAAUGCCUCCAAAUUCUUCGAUUGAGGAAAGGCUUCAAAUAGUAGAAAUACUUUUGAAAGAUUACUAUAUAGAUACAUAUUAUAUUGAUCAAUUAAAAUUGAUUAAACGGAAAUAUCGAAAGAAAAUAAGAGAUUAUGAAGAAUUAGAACAAUUACCUCCUGAGGAUGACUUGACUUUGAACGAUCAAGAAUAUGAAAAUUCCCUUCCUACGCAAAGAAAUUCUUUUAUCGAUAAUGUUAAUGAUAGGGGACGAAUCUAUUCCAGAUCUCACACUUCUUCUUAUCAUCAAAAUAUGGAAGGUUCUUUGGGUUCUAAUACACCUUCAAUGACUCAAAUUGUUGAAUCUCCCAUUAGUGAGAAUAAUGACAUUAUUGACAUUGAGAUAACAAAGAAAGAUAAAGAAGGGAAUAAUGGUAAUAAUAUAAAAAGGCAGACCAGAUAUUCGAGAAGUUUGGGAAUUGAUAAUAUUACACAUAAUUCUGCAAUUAAUAGAUCACCCAAUAGAUCACCUAGACGUAAUACCUUAUUAAAUUUUGAUGAAUAGUUUUACACAUUUUUUCAUUUUUUACCAAAAAAUAUAUCUCGUGUUAUUGCAUCAUUCUUAUCAAAUAUCACAUAUG